CUCCCUUGCAUUUCGGUGCCCCCUCUCUUCGGUGACCUCCCCUGGCGACCCCUGGAGGUCCCAGAAAGCCCGAUAGUCUUCCAAGACCACCCAAGAUAGCCUCCGUAGCCAUUUUGUCUCAAGCCAUUUGGCUCAAGCCGCUUUGGCUCGACGCAGGACCGACACCCAUAAUACAUAUCAGGUCGACAGUCCAGGACCUGCACCUUCCUUCUCGCAACUAAAGACAACAUGGUCGGGGCAAGCUUCCCAGUUCUUCCGGCUUGGUUCUUCUACAUCUACCACAUCAUCGGUGGUAUUAUCAUUGGGCGUGCGGUCACAUUUUGUCCACACCCGAUCGCAGUCCUGGCUGUGGUCUUUGGUAUCCAGGUAUCCAGGGUCUGAUCGACCAUUAUGCGGACAAGUUCCCCGCAGUUGCAAAGGUGAACGCGCCAUUGACAUUGGUGUUGGUGGUGCUCCUCGGCUAUUGGUUGUACACUCUGUUCGCCAUAAGCGCAGCACCGCAUUGGGUUCUUUGGGCCGCCAUCGCCAUCUACUGUGCCUUUGUGGGUCUCACAAAGACUAUGGAGCUUGGAUUUCCGAAGGACACAGCGGAAGAGCAGAUUUCAGCCCUCAAGGACCCCAGCUACAACUUCUGGCAUUUUUGGCUCCACAACUUCUUCACGGCUUUUUUCCUCUUCCUAUCGGCCACUUGCCCAGGCGUCUUUCCGAAAGAUGCAUUGAUUGACUUUGGCGGGACGGCUCUUGCAGAGGUGCGCGAAAAAGACACGGAGUUCUCCCCGGCACAGAUUAUCGUGUUGCUCGGUGUAUGCCUUGUGUCCUUUGUCGUGGGCAUCGGGAUUGGAGGCCGAUGGUUCCCUCGACGUGACGUCACACAAGUUGAUAUCACUUCUUUUCUUGCAGCGUGAUACAAGUACCACGGCUUUGUUCGCGCCAGUACCGAUCAGAGAUCGACCAAUAGCACCACAAGAGCCUAAUGGCGUCAUGCCAGGCAGAUGCAUUAUGUCUGCUUUGCGCGCGAUUUGGCUCGCUGUUGGGCGCCGUGCGCACUACCGACAGCUUCAUAAGCUGCGCGCUAAACAUAGAACUGAAUGGUUGCCUUUACCCGGGAGUAGAAGAAACAAGCAAAACACACAGUAUAGCCUG